UGUCAUUCCACAGGUGAAAGGAAUAUCAUGAUGCUUGUGAACAGACAUUAGUGUGCCAUGUUUGGCGUCCUUCUGCAUAUUGAACUGAUGACAGAUAUCUAGAAAAUCAGAACCAUCAUGGCUCCUUUCUACAAUGCAUGUCACACAUUUCCUACCGCAUUUACAGUAUUAAUAUGGCUGUUGUCAUGCCAGUAUCCCCGUCUACCCCGCCCUCAGUUCUCUCACCUGUCUACGGCUACCACGCCACUCCUCUCUGUGCUGUGCCCUGUGCUGUGACACAGGUAAACCUGAAUAGGGACGAGCUUCCUCACCUGUCUCACCUUACCUCUUCAAACAAACGGCUCCGUUUGAAACUCUACCCCAACCGAAUUCCACCAGGAAACCAACCGCAAAUGAUAGUUAGAAAAGAAAAGGUGGUCUAAACAAAGUAUUUGUGAGGCCUAUCUCGAAGCCAAUUUAGAGACAUGGAGCCGACGUACCGCGGUCUGGGGCGCUGUUCCUGCGCUUUUUGGUUGGCAGUGUCCUUCGACAUAUUCGGGCUGCUCGUUCUUUUGAUCGGUGUUUUUGCGGACAUAUUCUUCUAUGACUUUUUAAUCUACGCCGGGGCCAUCAUCAUCUUCCUCAGCCUCAUUUGGUGGGUGUUCUGGUACACGGGCAAUAUCGAGGUCCCCUCAGAGGAGCUGGAGGAUGACGUCGGGCUCUUGAAGAAGGAGCGGGACAUCGCAGGUGCGGUGAGGUGGUUAUCCAGCCGUCUCUCCAACAGUAUCAGGAACUCUCUGCGGCGGAAUGGAGGCCCCCCCCGAGGGGUCGCGAGAAGGGCAGGGACCGGGCUGUCUACGACGCACAUGAGGGAUGCCCAACAGCAACCGGAGCCCCCGCCUGUCGUAUUGGCGAUGGGCCCGCGUGAUGAGGACGUGCACACGGUGUCUGCAUCCGUCGACACUGACAUACCUGUCCCGCACACAGCUACAAAGACUUCGGCCAUAUGAUGCGCAAUGCGCACAAGAAAUUGGAGGCUUGGCAGCACUGAACCCCAUAAGGACAUUUCACUUGUCCAUCUCACAAUGUUUACAAGUACAUUUCGUUUUUAAUAUUGUCCAUAUGGGCUUUUUUCUUUGUAACAUUUCGUUUUUAAAUUCAAAUUAUGCUCCUCAGUGAGGACUUUCUGUUUGUUUUAAUGCCAAUUUUGUGAAUAAUUUGUGAAUACUUUGUGGAUAAGCGAUGCAAUACUAUAAUAAUAAUACUACAGAGAUUUUUCUACCAAAUAUGUCAGACUUUCAUUUUUAGGCCUAAGUGCAACUGAGAAGGUGCAUGUUGUAAACUUGACCUGGCACCUGUAUUCUACAUCCCACCCACGUUUAACGUUUAAGAAGUCACACCUGUUAAUUGAAAUGCAUUCCAGGUGACUACCUCAUGAAGCUGGUUGAGAGAAUGCCAAGAGUG